CGCAAACGACACAUUAAACUAACGUCGCGGUGCUAUCUGCUAGUGGGCUAGCUGAACGCCGAGACCCAGUUUCGAAUAAACUUGAUAUUUUUUAACAGGAACACCAAAAUGGCCGACGUGGACAAGCUCAAUAUAGACAGCAUCAUCCAACGUCUCUUAGAAGUAAGAGGAGCCAAACCUGGGAAGAAUGUUCAGCUGCAAGAGAAUGAGAUUCGUGGUUUGUGCCUGAAAUCGAGAGAGAUAUUCCUGAGUCAGCCCAUUCUUCUGGAGCUCGAAGCCCCUCUCAAGAUAUGCGGUGACAUCCAUGGGCAAUAUUACGACCUGCUGAGACUGUUUGAAUAUGGGGGCUUCCCUCCGGAGAGCAACUACCUGUUUUUGGGAGACUACGUAGAUCGGGGGAAGCAGUCUCUGGAAACCAUCUGUCUUCUGCUCGCCUACAAAAUCAAAUACCCAGAGAAUUUCUUCCUGCUGAGGGGGAACCACGAGUGUGCUUCCAUCAACAGAAUAUAUGGCUUUUAUGAUGAGUGUAAAAGAAGGUACAACAUCAAACUCUGGAAGACCUUUACAGACUGUUUUAACUGCCUCCCAAUCGCUGCAAUCGUGGACGAGAAGAUCUUUUGCUGUCACGGGGGACUUUCACCUGACCUUCAGUCCAUGGAGCAGAUCAGACGCAUCAUGCGCCCCACUGACGUCCCCGACCAGGGCCUGCUCUGCGAUUUGCUGUGGUCUGAUCCAGACAAGGAUGUUUUGGGCUGGGGGGAGAAUGACCGGGGUGUAUCAUUUACCUUUGGCUCAGAGGUGGUGGCCAAGUUUCUGCACAAGCAUGACCUGGAUCUAAUCUGUCGUGCCCAUCAGGUUGUUGAGGACGGCUAUGAGUUUUUUGCAAAAAGGCAGCUUGUGACUCUGUUCUCUGCGCCUAAUUACUGUGGGGAGUUUGACAAUGCUGGCGCCAUGAUGAGUGUGGAUGAGACUCUCAUGUGCUCUUUUCAGAUUUUGAAACCAGCUGAGAAGAAGAAGCCCAAUGGCAGCCGUCCGGUCACUCCCCCUCGCAAUAUGGUUACCAAGCAAGCAAAGAAAUAAAGGAUUGGGGGUGGGGGUCUCUUGUUCUUCUGUUGUCCUCUGUGUUUGAGGGAUUGGUUAACCUUGUUGCCAGUACUGAAAAAAUUUCCACUCUGUUGUUUUGUCCACAGGGGUGAAUUAUACGUCACCAUAAAAAACCUCAGGUGUUUUGCACUCCAUUUUGCAGCUAGUCUUUGCCACAAAUGACUGUUGAAUCAGAAACUAAUGUAACAAUAACGCUACUUAUGCACAGGAAUGCCUUGUUUAAAGCUGUGCACAAUUGAAGCAGUUUUUUUGUGUCAUGUUUAUUUUGUCAUUGUUUUAAUUCCUCACUGUUAGUAAUGGCUAUUAAUAGCCGGAAACAAUGGAGACAGUCACAAACACCAGUUUACUGUAAAACUAUUUCAAGUUUAGUACAGACUCAUUCACCUCUUCACAUUUUUAAACCAGUCUUGUGCUAAAUUAUAUGAAUAAAGGAGCACUCUUGCAAUGUUUAAA